CAUAUUAAUGGAGAAAUGGAUGUCAAUCAAGAAAGCCUUUGGACUAACAGGACCAGACGGAAAAGACGGACGUCAAUGGGGAGAUUCGCAUGGCAACCCUCAUCCUUUAGGGAAUCAGGGAUUCUCCGCGGGGUAUAUAACACCUCGAGCUUCACUCCUUUGGUCACAUUAAUUUUCCAGAGUUCAGAAGGAUACCUUAAGGACUAUUUUCAUCAUCAAAUUCAAAAUUUACUAUCCGCAAUCAGCAAGGUUCAGGAUUUAAAACCAGAUAUUCCGAACAAGAGGAUGGCCAUUCAAAGUGUAGGCGCUUUCCUAUUGGUCACAGUCCUUCCUUUAUGCAUUGCUUAUCCGUCGAUAAGGGAUCGAGAGGAAGAGAGAAUCGUAUGUGAAACUUGUGGCAAUGAUUGCGACAAGUGCAAAUUUGGUAUCAGCUUUUCAUCCCUGUGCGAAGUUUUGCAAUGUCGCAGAGGUCCUGGUGAGAUAUGUGGGGGGUAUGACGACAAAUAUGGAAUGUGUGGAGAUGGUCUCACCUGCCACUGCAAUAAAUGUGUUGGUUGUAGUACUGACCUUCUCGAGUGCUACACCAACAGUUGUCUACCCCAUACUGAAAUUCAACUUUCUCAUCCUAACCAUUUCAACGGGCUUGUCCUCGGGAAGUAACCGGGAAAUCAUCCAACAACACUAGGCAUACCCAAAUUCGUCCUAUUUAUUUCAUUCCAUGAAAGAGAUCUCAUUAGGUAGACUGCUCGAAAAUUGUGAUAAGCGUUCUUAAUUUAAAAUAACUCAUUUCAAUCAGAUCUAUGUAUGUAAAUUAAUUCUUGGGGUAUGAGAGAAUUUAAAAGCUUUCUAAUUAAUUGGUAAAUAUUCAUUUUUAUCCUAAACGUUAAGAUUUCUCCAUUAUUAUUUGCAUUCUUAAUUAGUUUUGCAAGAAGAAUAAUUAUACUGGGAUAAUAAUCAGCUUUGGUCAAAUUUUGCUUUUUGAAUUUCCCGGGCGGUUUUAAGUUACACGUCUCGCCACUAGAUGUCAGAUAUACGUUUCUCACAAGUGCAGAAACUCAGAUUCUUAAGUUAUUCAUUUUUGGACGUUUGAUCUGUCUUUUAAAUAAUAAAGAUAAGUCAAAGAACCGAAUGACUUUUUAAAUUAAAAAUCUGAAAAAACUGUAAAUUUUCUCUUAAACUCUAGAAAAAAAAAAUUGUCGCUUGGAGUGCUGGCUGUGAGUACAAGUUGAUAUCUCGGGGAAUCCCGAGAAACGUCGACAGUCCAUCGAACUGGUUUAGUAAAAUUCUGCGAUUCCGGUGGCGAAUCAGUUGGACUUUAGCAAGAGGCGACAGACGCAGAUAAAGUUAAUGAAUAUUUGCUAAUUAACUUUUAUCGGAAAUUGACACUCGAUUCGACUUAUUACGACGAAAAGUUAAGAAUUUCCAAGUAAUCGUCGCCUGUUUUCGUACGACUGAAUUUCCCGAUUCUUGAAAAUUCGACAAAUUCAAUUCAAAUUUUCGCGCAUAAUUUCGAAUUGGCAGCAUUGCUGCAUUCAAUCGGCGGGAAAUUCAAAUUUAUAAAUCGGGAUUUUACGCAAUUUAGAUUUAUGAUGUAUGUUUUUUUCUUUUGACCCCUCUGCGCUUAUUUAGAGAUACUGAAUGUUUAUCUGAGAGAAAGAGAGAGAAAGAGACCAAUAAUAGCGUGCUCGAUUAUAAAAAAAAGUAUUUUGGCCUAUAAUCACUCUUAAAUUUUUCUUUAGGCAGUUUUUUGAUUUUUGAUAAAUAAUGAAUAUUUAAAUUAGUAUAAUAACUGAGCCAUGAAGUAGGGAAAUUGUAUGUUUUAAUUGUAGAUUGGUAUCGAACUAAGUUGUAAUUUAAUUAUGUUUGUUUAUUAGAAAUUUUAAAUUGAAAUUUAACUCGAAUUAAAAUUUGUUAGAACACUCUAGUAUGUUAAGUAAUUCAGUAUUGCUUGCAUUGAAAGUUAAGCCAGCUGUAUACUUGUAUUUAUUUGUUUACUAGUCAGCCAGUGUGCAUUUAGGGAAAAAAUGUGUUUUUUGAAAUAGAGAAUGAGAUCAGUUAGCUAAUUUAUGGCUUAUUGUAUUGAAUUGUGAAAAUAAAAUCUGACGUGCUGAUAU